AUGAAUUAUUGUUACCAUAAUUAUUAUCAUAAUUGUCAUCAUCUUUAUUGGUCUUUAGCCUUCAUCAUUGAUCCUUCAUCAUUGGUCCUUCAUCAAUUGUCCUUCAUUGUUGGUCCUUCAUCAUUGGUCCUUUAUCAUCAGUCUUUCAUCCAUCGUUACCAAGGUGCUUCUCGAAAGGUAUCUCCAAAAGAAAAGAAUUUCUAUAUGGAACAUUUAUGGAAAAGCCAGUCUCUUAGCCCUUCUGAUAAGAAAUCAACUAGAAUCCAGAAUAAAAUACCUUUGUGUAAUUUAUUAGCUGGAGUUUUAAUAAGAGAAUGCACAAGAAAUUAUUUACUUAAGUUAUCCGACAUUUCUUUGGAUCAUCUUAUGUUAAUAAUUUCAAAUAUAAUUAUUAAAAAUGUUGUUAAUUGGAAUACUGAAGAAUGGAACAGUUUUAGAAAUUGGUUUAAUCUUAAGAAUUGUCAUGAGAAAGGAGACAUUAUAAAAUCUAGACUUCAAUAUCUUUUAAGAAAAAAAUGGGACAUACUUCUUAGAGAUUUUUCUUUUAAUAUUGAACAUGGUUUUAUUAAGAUUGAAGAUAAUCUAACUGUUUCAGAAUUGGAAUUAAAGAGUUCAGCAAAAUCAAAAUAUGGAUUAGCAAGACAGAACCUUUCAGACCAACUUAAUGAUAACAAUUUUGACAAUUAUAAUGAAAUUCAUUCGUUUGAUGAUAACAAUAAUUCUAAUAACUUUGAUGAUAUUUGUCUUCUUGAUGAUGAAGAUAAUAAUUCUUAUAACUCUUAUCCCUCCGAAAAUGACAACUCUGAUAACUACUCUGACAAUAUUUAUCUCUUUGAAGAUAACAAUAAUUCUGGCUAUUCUGACUUCUCUGAAGAUAAUAACAAUAAUUCUGACUACUCUGACCUCUCUGAAGAUGAUAAUAACAAUAAUUCUGACUACUCUGACCUCUCUGAAGAUGACAAUAAUUCUGACUACUCUAACCUCUUCGAAGAUGACAAUAAUUCUGAUGUAGAAAUGGAUAUCUCUGAAGAAACUAAUUUUAAAAAUAUAACAUCUUUGAUGAUGUUUACUUGGAUUACAAAACAUAUGAUAGGAAAUCGUACUUAUAAAGAUCUUGUGAAUAUAAUUAAUAAUGAAAACUUUAAUCCUAUAGACGUUCCAAAAAAUAUACAAACAUUAAAAGAACAACAAAAACACCUCCCCCUUCAUAAAAUCAGAAAAAACAUUGAAAUAUUAUAUAAAAAACCUGGAACAGAAGCAACUUGGAUAACAAGGCACAUAAAAUUUCGCCAUUUCCUUCCUUUGGAAUAUAUCCAAGAACCAAAAAAUUCUAAAGAUCUUUCAAUAAAAAAAUUACGACGACAAUAUAAUUUAUUAAAAAGUGUACAAGAAAAAAAAGAUUUUGUGACGAGACAUGGAAUAAGUAUUCAACCUUCACCUUUUUCUUAUUUAAAAUUUAAUCCAUUUCAACAAAUACCUCAAGAUGCUUAUCAUGCCGUUUCUGGAAAAAUCGUCCGUCUGAUGGAAAUAACAAUUGAUUUAUUAUCUGAAAGUGGAAAAAAAUUAUUUAUAAAAAAUUGGAAAUACUUUGAAUUCCCAUCUACAUGGUCAAAAAUGCCUAGUCCAACCUCACAUUCCCGGUCACACUUUAUGAGUGAUUAUCAGUGA